AAAGGGGGGAGGGUGGUCUUGCAGUCGACGUGAGGAACAGGAGUUUAUUGAGGAGUAGCUGCAACGAGAGGAAAAACGCAUGCCACUGAGCGUCGUUGCCUUGCGGGCGGUAACGUGGGAGAGAAAGAAAAAAAGGGAAAAAGGUCGCGCGCUGCUUAAUGACCACAGUGGUCAAUGGCUCACUGCUGAGAAACUGCCGCGUGAAUUGUUUAACUUGUUGAUGCGACGUGUAUUGUUACCAUUUUUGCUCUAUCGUGUGGCAGCAGUGGCAGAUAAAUGGAAGCCGGAAUCGCAAGUGUUCUCCGCCGUGGAUUGUUUUUUUAAUGAAACUCACCGUGGAUGUAGUUUAACGAGCAGCACACUCUAAGAUGCAAUUCAUCUCCGAGUCGUAGCACUGUGAUAACUGGAGCAGGGUCGUUUUUAAACACUACUACAGGUCAGCAUGGCAGCAGGUGUAGCGGCAUGGCUCCCCUUCGCCCGAGCGGCAGCCAUAGGAUGGAUGCCCGUGGCGAGCACCCCGAUGCCCAUCCCUCCCCAAGAGAAGAGGAAAGCCCAGGACGGACUCAUCAUCCUCAACGUGAGUGGGACCAAGUUUCAGACGUGGCGGAACACUUUGGAGCGGUACCCGGACACUCUGCUGGGCAGCACAGAGAGGGACUUCUUUUUCCACGAAGAGACCAAUGAGUACUUUUUCGACCGUGACCCUGACAUCUUUAGACAUAUACUCAAUUUUUAUCGCACAGGGAAACUACACUACCCGCGCCAAGAGUGUAUAUCUGCGUACGACGAGGAGCUCGCUUUCUUUGGCAUCAUCCCCGAGAUCAUUGGGGAUUGCUGUUACGAGGAGUACAAAGACCGGAGGCGCGAGAACGCAGAGAGGCUCCAAGACGACGAGGACACAGACAUGAACAAUGACGUCACGCCGGUGAACCUGACUUUCCGGGAGUACCUGUGGCGGGCUUUUGAAAAUCCCCAUUCUAGCACCUUAGCGCUGGUCUUCUACUAUGUCACAGGCUUCUUCAUUGCAAUAUCAGUCAUGGCCAACGUAGUGGAGACGGUUCCGUGCGGGUUUCUGCCCAACAGGUCGAAGGAGGUUUCCUGUGGAGAGCGUUACGCACUGGCCUUCUUUUGUUUAGACACUGCGUGCGUCAUGAUAUUCACGGUCGAGUAUCUACUCCGUCUGAUCGCAGCUCCGAGCCGCUACAAGUUCAUGAAAAGUGUGAUGAGCGUCAUCGACGUGGUCGCCAUCAUGCCUUACUACAUCGGCCUGGUCAUGACCGACAAUGAUCAGCUGAGCGGUGCUUUCGUCACGCUUAGAGUCUUCCGGGUCUUCAGGAUUUUCAAGUUCUCCCGACACUCCGCGGGGCUGCGCAUCCUGGGCUAUACCCUAAAGAGCUGCGCCUCCGAGCUGGGCUUUCUCCUCUUCUCCCUCACUAUGGCCAUCAUUAUCUUUGCAACAGUCAUGUUUUAUGCAGAAAAAGGAUCUCCGGCCAGCAAGUUCACCAGUAUCCCCGCAGCUUUUUGGUACACCAUAGUCACCAUGACAACACUGGGGUACGGCGACAUGGUGCCAAAAACAAUCGUGGGGAAGGUGUUUGGGUCCAUAUGCUCGCUGAGUGGGGUGCUGGUCAUUGCCUUGCCCGUCCCUGUCAUAGUGUCAAACUUCAGCCGUAUCUACCACCAAAGCCAGCGGGCGGAGAAAAGACGAGCCCAGAGGAAAACUCGGCUUGCUAGAAUCCGUGCUGCGAAGAUUCGGGGCACUAAUGCCUAUAUGCGCUACAAACAAAAUGGGCUCCUGAUCGACACGCUGGAGGAGGCCUCCAAGGAGGCAGGACAAGCCCUGGUGGCAAAGCCCCCCAGCCCUCCUUUUGAGAGCCAGCAUCAUCACCUGCUGCACUGCCUGGAGAAAACAACGAAUCACGAGUUCGUGGACGAGCAGACAUUUCAGGCCAACUGCAUGGAGAUCUCUGCAAUGCACAAGUCGGGCUCCCGUUCCUCAUCGCUGUCCUCGUCUCCACAUGGACUCAGCUCGUGCUGCUCACGCCGCCACAGGAAGAAGAGCAGCUUCAGCCUGCCGAGCACAAACAACCAGGAGCUCAGCACCAUACAGAUAAGGGAGAGGCCUGUGGUCAACAGCCGCUCCAGCCUGAAUGCCAAACUCGACGAGACGGUGCCCCUGAAAUGUAACGAACCUUUCAUCACUCCCUCCAUGGUCAGCCUUUCUGCCCCAGUGGUGACCUCAUCAGACGGCGAUGGCUCCACCACCGCCACCACCACCGCAUAUUCUCAGAGCAACAUUGUCCGAGUAUCUGCCUUGUAGAUGUCACGCUUAUCUUAUCAGCUUCCUGGUCUCGAGAAGCACCGGAUGCUGAGGAGAGAGGGACCACCGAGCAUCAACCUGCCAUAAUCUAGAGGGAUUAUAAAGUUAGCAGAGGG